CACUCCUUCUCCGUCUUCCUCGUUUCCUUCCUCCAAACCCAAACAACAAUUUCUCACCCACUUGGAACUCACCCAAUCUCUAACGCGUGCGAAAUUAAAUCUCGUCAGCGAGAGCCAACCAAAUUGCGAAGAUCGACCUUCCAUACCAAGACCAGUAUCAAGUAAAACCGAGAACCUCACCUUCAACAUGGCGACCCACAACGAUACUACACCAGAGCCCACUGUCUUCAGAGCUCGAGGUAUGGAGAUUGAUACUCGUCUCACAGUCUUUAGCAAAGUAUUCCACGUCAGCUCAGCAAUCUUGAAAAUGCACUCCCAGUACUUCUUCAAGUUCCUCGACUCGGCGGACAAGAUUGCUGUCGAAUCUUCGGAUGGAUUCAAAUACGACUGGGUUACGAAGAUCGUGGAUGAUGGAAAAGAUUGGCAGCUUGUGUGUGCUGGUCCAAACGCUGGCGAUCUCAAUCGACCCCAGUGGGCCAAGAGCAAGCACGAGAGAUGCUAUCAGACGAGUGCGUUUCGCAAUAUUCUGAAGGCUAUGUACAUGCUGCCAUACAGGCUUGACAGGGUGCAAGAUCUGUCAAAUAUGACCUGCUUGGCUCGAUUUUACAUGUGUCUUCCCCUAGUUUCACGGACUUUAGAUGGGGCAUUGGCAAGAAGCCAUAGCUUGUCUCGUGUUGACCUGCGAGAUUCUUGUUCUGAAUUACUUUCAGUAGCUAUUGAGCUUAGACACAAAGCUUUGUUCGAGGACUCUUUGAUAUACUGCCUCGGGCCUUUUUCCAACCCAGUCUUCCAACAAAUGACCGACAACAAGCUCAACAGACUGGCUCUGUCACACUAUCAUAAGCUCAGAUCUGAUCUUUCAGGACUUCUUCAUACUAUUAUUCACGCCAUGGUUGAGGAGGGACCCCUUAGAGGCGACCAUAAUACAGCAGAUGACGCGUUCAGCAGCCGUCCUUUGGCUUGUUUUAGGCGUGCAAUCGACCUGGAAGCACAGAAGUUUUCUGGGAGUGGCCAUGUCUACCUGCCCAGACUGCUCCGCGGUAUGCUUGAAAACGAACGAGUUUUUUCUUCAUUCAUUACGAAGGGCCUGGCCUCCUUCAUGCAAAACGAUCUAACAAUCCGUCAUGGCUUAUCAGAGGAAGCUGGCAAAGACAGCUCUGAAGACUACUUCCUAGUAAGCACGAUCGAAGGCGACGAUGACUACCCAUGGGAUACUACCGUUGAAGACUGGUAG